AUGUCAUCGACCAAGGCUGAACGACAAGUUUUUUUGCCCAUCGAUACGAUUCAACCAAUUGCACCUUAUAACCCAGGAGAGGAUCUGAUUGACUACGAAGAAGCCAAAAUGAAUACGACUAACAAUAAUCCUAGCUUGACUAAAGACGUACCGUCAGUAAACCAAGCUUUUCAGGAAUUGUCGAAGUUCACGAUACCUAAGAAAACCGCAGAAGCUAUCAAUCCAGCUCCUCCAGAGCAUCGAGCAUUGCAGGAUCAGCGGGGGCAAUCGGCGAUGAUUCUGGACGAAGAGCCACAAGCGCAGUCGAUAGCAGAAAGCCCAGCGGAUCCACCAACGUAUCCAGGAGGUCCAGAUCGCAACUUGACCCAGGAGGAAUACAAUCUCCUCGAGAAGUAUCAGGUCAACUACCACAUUUGGUACAAAGCCAGGCAGGAGAAAGAUUUCAAAACAUUCAAGAAAUCCACACAACACGCCAAGAGCAUGUAUUGCCAAUUAUUGAAGAUGAUCGUUGAAACUGGAAUCCAUCGGACUGGGAUUGGAAGACGUUCGAGAGGCGAGUGCGAGGGGAGGACAGUAGGAGACGAGAUCAUAGGGAUCAUUCAAGCAGCCGGCAUGGCAGUGAAGAAUGCGAGAGGACCAUCUUACCCUUAG